AUGACCCCUUAACCUAGAAAGAGAAAACCAUAAAAAAAGGAUUCUCCUAUUUAAAACAAAGAUAUUAAGAUUGUUGUGGUAGAUAGUUUGAAUAGAAAUUAAAAAAAGUAAGAAGUGAAAAAAAAGGGAACCAAAGUACAGUUAAGCAAAUUAUAAAAAUUUUAAGCACAAUUGAUUCCUUAAAAUAAUAUGGAUUAGAUAAGGUUAAAACAUAUCUCAUGUAAAAUACUGUGAUUUACUUUAGCUAAAAUUUAGUAGAAUUAUAGAACUUAAAAUCAGUCAUAUUUAUUAAAAAUUAAGAACUAAUAUGAUUAAUAUAAAUCAUUAAUUUUAAAAUAUACUUUAUUGACUGAGUUGGAUGAUUUUUCUCUUGCUAAUGAUAUUCUUAGAAAAACUAUUAUAAAUACAUUCAUUAAUUAGAUUAAGUCAAGUUUUGAUUUUCAAAACCAUUCAACGUUAUAAUUAAUAGCAAUUGAUCAAAUGAUUUCUAUAUCUUAAAAAAAUAAUGAUUAAACCAAAUAAUUAGAAAUAUAAAAUCUAAUCAGACCUAUUUUAAAAUCAAAAAUAUUGGAUUAGGCUUAUAUCAAGUUGAAAAUAAUGAUGUAAUAAAGAAAUAUACAAAAAAAAUUGGAAGAAAAAAAUAAUCUUUUUUAAAAUUUGAAAGAAUCAAGUCUUUAAAGUUGUUUUGAUAAUGAAAUGGGAGAUUUACAUUUUUCUGCUUUAAAUUAUGCAGAGCUUUUGGAAACAUAAUAAAAACAUGAGUUAAUAGAAAAUGCAAAAGCACAAUAAGUUAAACCUAUAAUUUUCGAUGGCUUUUUUAAGAAUUCUAAUUUACAGAAUCCUAAAUAAUAAAUAAAUUCAAUUAGAUAAUUUUUAAUAAGACCAAAUGCUAAAUAAUAUAUGGAAAUAAGUAAAGUUUCAUAGAAAUCAAGAAAUCAAAGUAAGGAAUCUUGUUAUUCUAAAAAUGAUUAAUAUGUGACUCCUUUUUAAUCAAACAUUAUGUAAUUAAAAUCUUUACCAUUGCGUAAUUUAAAUUAAGAUGUUAAAUUCUAAAACAAAUAGAAUUUUUAAUAAAAUUUAAAUGCUUAAUUGAGUAGAAUUUAAAAUAUGAAUUCUACUUUUGAUUUACCUUUUGAUUUAGAAUCAUAAGCAAGUUGUACACCUUUAAAUGCUAAAAAAACAAUGUUAGUAUCAAAUAGGCCUGUCAAUAAAAUAGGUUUUGAAGGUGGAUGUAGAGAAAUAGAUAAAUAUAGUUAUAAUUCAAGGAAAUAAAUAAACAAUCCAAAUUUAAGUGUUAAUAAAAAUGAGAUAAAUUAAUCUCAAUUAUUUGCUUAUUAAAAUAGGAGUGUAGAUUUUAGUAGGUAAUUAGGAUUCAGUAAUUUAUACAAUUCAAAAAUGUUUAAUGUUAAUAGCAAUUAAACAAACCCUAAUAAUUAUUUAUAAUAUUCAAAAAUAUAAUCUUUGCAUGCAAGUACAAUAGUAAAUGAUUGGUUAAGUGAAUCUUCAUAAAGUAGAUUAGUACUUUAGUAAUAGCACACGAGCUAAUAGUACAAUUGGAUAAUAUUUACAAAUGAAAAUAGCAAUAUGAGGUUUAAUAGACAAAUUAAUAUUUAGAAUUUGAAAUUAUUGUGUGUAUAAAUAGAUUCAAAUUUCUUUGAUGAUUUCGAAUGCAUAUUAUUGAGUGAUAAAUUUAAAAUAUUGAUAAUGGAGCAGAAAGAUUUAGUUACUCCUGAAAUGCAUAUGAGAUUGGAUAAGGGUGAUGAAAAAGGGGCAAUUUAAGCUCUUAUUAAUAAAAUGAAAAUUUAAAUGCAAUAAUUUAUGCUUUAGUAUAAUAGUAGAUAGGUCAUAGUAUUAAUUUAAUAUUAACAUUAAUUUUUUUUAAGGAUGUUAAUUGAAUACAUUUUCCCAUAGUUAGGGUAAUUGCAAGAAUAAUAUAAGAUAACACCAUUUUAUUAAAUAGAGGAGUUGCAAGAAAUAAUAUUUGAUUUAAUUUAGAAUUAAGAAGAUAUUAGAUAUGAUAGAUUAAUAAAAGUACCAAAUGAUCUAAACAAAUUUCGAUCUAAAAUAUAAAAUAUUGAAUUUUCUAAUUUGGUUACUAUGAGAUGCUUAAAUCAGUUAUACUAAACUUUAGUAUAGCAAUUAACAAAUUGA